AUGUAUAGUUUUUCGUUCUCAGUGACACUCAUCUUCGCCUACUUGACCUGGCUGGUCGGGCCAGUUACUGCCCACGACGACAAAGACCAUGAAAAUGAGUAUGAACAUUCAUAUGAUACGAUUGAUUCCACUGGGGCCUGGGAGUAUCGAAAAAGAGAAACACAUCUAUUUCCACGCCAAUACACCAUUGACCCCAGUUGCUCUUCUCGAGAUCAGAACCUCAAAAAUGCCGAGCUCACUGUCGCUGCUAGCAUGGCCUCAUACGCCCAAGCAAACCUUGAUUCUACCACCGGCGCCCUCUAUACCUCUGCUUUCAUCCCAUCGGAUCUCAUUUCCGGUGCCAACAUUAUCACGCAGCUUGCCAACGAAUAUGGUAAUGUUGCCGCUAUGAAAGAUGGCUCUAACUAUCAAUUUAUUGUCACAUGCGAUGAUACCAGAAAAUUUUGUAUAGAUGGCUAUUACGCCUACAUGACAGACACUUCGCGGAAUUCCGGUACCAUGAAUCUCUGCUCUGCGUGGUUUGACAUCACGGGAACACCGGCGGCCUGCCUCGAAAACCUUCAGAACUUGGUCUCAACAGCGGGAAUUCUUUCUGGAUGUACGGCGGCAUCGCCGAGGUACAGUACUUUAGAUGAUGUAUUGUGGGGAAGAGGGCAGACCCUGCUGCAUGAGUGGACUCAUACACGCUACUUCACUGGAGGCUCAAGCAAAACACUUGACUUUGCGUAUGGUGUGCAGGGCUGUCUUAAUCUUGCCGCUGGCUCACACUCAAUAUCCGGAGAUAGAGCAUGGAGAAAUGGAAAAACUGGCAGAGUUCCCAGAUGUCCUAGCGAUGGGGACCCGGCACAACCAGGCAUUUGCGACCCUUAUUUAUCUAUUGACAACGCUGAUACACUUUCUAUCAUAGCAGGUGGGCUUUGGUAUAGUGACAAAGCUCAAUGCAACCGAGUUCUUCCCAUUGGUCGAGUAGCAGCUGCGCCGCCUACCCGUAAACACAAAAGUAAAAGGCAGCACGCAAGUAAUGAUGAAAACGAAGUUGCCUUGAAUCCUCCUUAUUAUGGAGAUGACCUUCCGUCACUGAAACUUGAUCCCAACGGCUGUUGUGGGGGAUGUGCCCGACACCCACUUCUUCUGGCGCCUGGACUAGCUGCAAAACAGGCAUGA